UCAGUUGUGUCCAAUCACAGUUGACCGCAUGUAAGUAAGGAAAUGCCGAUUAUCACGCUGACAGCUCAAGGGACAUCUACACUGAUCAUCAGGGCCACCUGUCAGUGCCACAUCAAAUCAGUUCCUACCAGUGCACGUCAAUGCCACAUAUCAGUGCCCAUCUGAGCUGCCUUUCAGUGCCGCCUAUCAGUGUCCUUCAGUGCCACCUAACAUUACCAGUCAGUGACGCCUAUCAGUGCAGUGACAUAUAUGAGUACUGCCUUUCAGUGCCCAUCAGUGAUGCCUAUCAGUGCCACCUACCAGUGCCUCCUCAUCAGUGCCCAUCACUGCAGCCUCAUUAGCGCA